AUGACAGAACUAGUAGAGGAGAUAUUCAAUUGCCCUCCAAUCUAUAACUCCAUCUUCGCCUGUCUUUCUCCUCCAGAUAUUUAUCGUGUCCGUUUAAGCUCUCGAAUGCUCCGCGACGCCGUUGACCACUUCCACAACCUUGCCUACAAUAUCAAUCGCCAUCUCUCCCACUUCUUCAAGGAUCCAAAGGCAUUCCGCCAACUCCAAGCAAAGGAGCAUUUUCUGAUUUCAGGAUCCAACGCUCUCCAGUUCAUGGAUAGGUCAUUUUACCCUAAAUCCGACAUGGACAUCUUUGCCUAUCCCGAGAGCGUCAAGGAGCUGGGACUAUACCUCGUCAAAUCGGAAGGGUACCAGUUCGAGCCCAGAGAGAAGCAAGCAAAGAAGUUUGAAGAUGUUGACAUCAAGCAACGCGACCUGACGGCAUCCGCUCUUCGCCGCUGGGGUUCGCAGCACGCCUGGUUGUACACGUCGGGCAUGAACGAACUCUUCCGAUUCAAACGGCCUUCCGACGACGUCGAGGUUCAAAUCAUCUCUACAUCAAAGUCUCCGUUGGACUGCAUCCUCCACUUCCACUCCUCAUGUGUGAUGAACUUUAUCUCCCACAUUGGAGCUUAUGCCCUCUACCCAGUCGCUACUUUUGACAAAAGAAUCUCGCUUGCGUUUGGGUCUACAAACUACGAGAAGACGCAAGAAGCGUACAGGAAGUACACGGACCGCGGCUGGUCAUUCCCAGCUAAGCUGGACUUCCACAGUGUCAAGGGUAUGGAGCCCAUGUUAGCCUAUGACAAAGCCCGCACCUUGGGCGAUGUUCACACUUGGAUAGUACCCCUUGACACCAGCGAUGUGGACUUGGACGUCAACUCCCCUUUCAACUCGCUCUCUCCGAAAAACCCCUUCCAUUACAACGGGUGGGUUUUAGACCGCGUUUUCGAUUCCUGGGAUACGGAGAUGGAGCUUGCAAUUUCGUUUCACAUCUUCCAUUCACCGUACUUCCGGGGAACAUACUCUGUGCCGAAUGAUACAGUCCAGGAUGUCCUCGACCAGUUUUUGGACUAUGUUCUACACGUCAACCCUGCUGAGUGCAGGCUCAACAAACAUCUCGACCAUUUGCUCCCAAAUCUCCAUUGCGCUGACAAGAAGGUGCCCAAACGGCUCUAUGAUCAGCUAGUUUAA